AUGUUGCCAUUUGCAAGCCUUGAAGAUGCACAAGUUUCCCUGGGAAGAAAUCUGACAUUCGCGGAGGCGAUAUGGUUCGAAUACUCGGCCCGAAAAACAGAUUAUUUUCUGUAUUGCCACAACACAAUCUUCUUGUUCAUUUUCUACACGGUGCUGCCGUUGCCGUACGUGAUUUUGGAGCUCACGCGCUCCCGAAAGAUUGAUAAAUACAAAAUCCAGCCCAAAACCAAGAACACGCUGUGGGACAUGCUGGAUUGUUACACAAAAGUCCUCAAGACCUUCGUUAUUGCCGUGGUGCCCCUCCAAGUCUUUUCCUUUCCUGUCAUUCAGAUGAUUGGAAUAAGGACAAGUUUACCCCUACCGUCGGGCUCGGAAAUUUUCUGGCAAAUAGUGACGUACUUUCUGGUGGAAGACUACGCGAAUUACUGGAUGCACAGAUUCCUGCACGGAAAAUGGGGCUACGAAAACAUCCACCGAGUCCACCACGAGUACACGGCCCCAAUCGGGUUCGCAGCCCCUUACGCUCAUUGGGCCGAGGUCAUCACCCUCGGCAUGGCCUCCUUUCUUGGCCCGGUUAUUGCUCCGGGCCACAUGCUCACCUUCUGGCUAUGGAUGAUUGUCAGGCAAAUGGAAGCCGUCGAAACUCACAGCGGAUAUGACUUCCCUUGGAGUCCUUUGAAGUACAUCCCGUUUUACGGAGGGGCCGUUUUCCACGAUUACCAUCACUAUGUGGGAGGGAAGAGCCAAAGUAACUUUGCAUCAGUAUUCACCUACUGUGAUUACAUCUAUGGGACCAACAAGGGAUAUCGGUACAAGAAGGAAGUAUUUGACAAGGAAUUAUGA